AUGAAGGGGAAAAAGGAACAGGAUUCAGAAACAACAGACAAUGUGUGUCGUGAUUUCAUGCGCAAUGUAUGCAAUAGAGGCAAAUCUUGCAAAUUUUUUCACCCUCCAGUAGAAGAGGAUAAGCGCAAAUAUGUAUUUUGCCAUGAUUUUCAAAAUGGCAAGUGUAGUAGACAUGACUGCCGAUUUAUUCAUUGUUCUCGUGAGGAUGAGGAAUAUUAUAAUCGGACUGGACACAUGGCACCCGAGGUGUUAAGAACUAUAGAAAUAAGCGGCGCGCCUACAUCCGAUGACAUACCCAUUUGUAAAGAUUAUUUAAAAGGCAAUUGCCAUCGGAGCCAAGCUCAUUGUAAAUUCCGUCAUGUAGAUCAACCACUCGAUGUGCCUGUUAGAGGCCCUAACGGUCCUUUUAACACACCCCAGCCUGCGAUGCCACCUAACUUCGGUAAUGAGUUGUUCCGCAGGCGCUAUGAUUUCGACGAAGAACCCGACUCUAAGCGUAGGCGCUACGAAUUUGACAACAGAAUGCAGCCGCUAGGGCGCCCGUUCCCCAAUCGCGACAUGGAAUUUUCUGCGCCGCCCGGGCCUGCGCACCAACAGCCAUAUUGGCUGUUGCAAGACGAGGUGGAAAUGUUGCGCAAGCGUGUAGCCGAGUUGAAAAAGCGCAAUGAGGAACUGCAAGCGACUAAUGAAUUCUUGUUGGAGCAAAACGCACAGCUGCGCAUAAAUGAACAAGCGCCCCUGCGCAGCACCCAGCAAAUGGUGAGCGCUAUACGUACCGUGACCACAGUCCCAGUCAGCUUGGCGGCGGUGGCUGCGGCCGGUACUCCCGUGUCCAUAGCUACCGUCUCCAUGGCUCCGAUUCAGAUACCACCUGUUGUAUCUGGAUCCGGCCCGCCGCCCCUGCCGCAGCCAACUAACUCGCAGCCUUUGGUUUCUUAUCCUAUUGGCAGAUCGACAUCGGCCCAACACUAUAUCCAACCGUAGGUAUGUUCCUUCCAUUAAGUUUUUUUUUUCAUUCUCAUAAAUCUCGAUUUGUUUUUUUAUGUUACAUAUAUAUGACAACAUUAGUAUGUUGAAACUUUCAUCAUUAUUUUUAUGUCUUACUACUUUAGUUAUGUGUCUUCUAGUCUGAAUUGAAAAGUUUUUAUCAUUUUUAUGCAAUACUGAAAGGAUUUUAUUUGCGCCAUUAAUUUUGGGAUAUCUGUUUCAUCUUGGCAGGGGCGUGGGCGUGGGCAGUCAAUAACUGCCUAGAUGAAAUCAGACUAACUUUGCUCAUAAUAUUACACUUUAAUAUUUUACUUAAAAAUUAAUAUUAUUAUGUUUGUUUCAGUUUAUGAACAAUGAAAAUGGAAACAUUUCUAAUAGAGAUUUGUCAUUAACAAAACAAGGAAUUUACAAUAUAUACUACAAUAAUAGAAUAUAG